AUGGAGGAGCAAGCUGUAGUGUUGGAGAAGGAGUCAUGGUCUAUAGACAUGAAACAACGAUUCGACGAUGAACUGUCCAAAAUUCGAGUUAAUGCUGCAAAAAACAGUAUUUUCUUAACUGAAACUACUUACCAGAAGUUAAUAAAUGAUGUACAAAAAGCCAAAAUGACUACUACGAAGGAACCCAGGGACUAUUGGUUGCUGAAUCGCUAUGAUGUGAUGAUUGUAGAAAACAAAAGUAAACUCAUUUAUCCUGUUAAAGAAGGCGUCAGUACUAUACAGUAUUACGUCACGGACUCAGAGUUAUUUCACGUACUUCAUGAAGCUCAUUUGGCUAUUGGACAUGGAGGACGUGAUAGAAUGUUGAAAGAACUUUCAACCAAAUACAAAAACGUUACACGUCAUGAUAUUGAACUGUACAUCCACCUUUGUGAACCUUGCCAGAAAAAACAGAAAGGUAUUAAAAAGGGCAUUGUUGUGAAACCUAUGAUUUUUUCCGAAUUUAAUUCCCGUUGUCAGGUAGAUCUUAUUGACUUUCAGUCUCAGCCACAUAGAGAAUACAAAUUUAUUAUGUUGUACCUAGAUCAUCUCACAAAAUUUGUGAUUCUUAAGUCUCUAACGUCAAAAAGAGCUGAAGAAGUAGCCUACAACCUAGUGGACAUAUUCUCAUUGCUUGGAGCUCCAUCUAUAUUACAGUCUGACAAUGGUAGGGAAUUUGUCAAUAAUGUGGUGACCAGCUUGAAGGAGUUUUGGCCAGCACUGAAGAUCGUCCAUGGGAAGCCUCGCCAUUCACAAAGCCAGGGUAGUGUCGAAAGAGCUAAUCAAGAUAUCGAAAAUAUGCUCUGUACUUGGAUGCAGAACAACAAAUCUGACCGCUGGAGUGAAGGACUGCGUUUCGUUCAAUUUAUGAAAAAUAGAGUUUAUCAUUCUGGGAUCAAAAGAACACCAUACGAAGCUCUUUUUGGCUGUAAACCUAAAGUAGGGCUUACAACGUCUUUUCUACCAGAAGAUGUUUUAAAAGACAUAAAAACAGAGGAGCAGCUAGAAAAAGUAAUAGAAAGCAUCCAAACAAUGGAAAAAAGGUGA